UUCCAAUGCGCGGAACGGAUCCCAAUUGUGAAUUUAUCAACGCAAGUGUAGGCACUGACAAUGGUUACUGUAUACAGUAAUCGUUAUGCUAAAUUUUUGGUGUUUUUAGUUUUAUGAGUGAUAUAAAUAAAGAAGCAAAUCACAUAUGUUCCUCACAAAUUAUUCAAAAUGCCUGAUGAAAACAGUGGCUCCCAAUAUUCUACUUGCGUUGGCCUGAUAUAUAUUUUUAAUUUAAUAGUUGGUACAGGAGCAUUAACAUUACCAGCUGUUUUUAGUCGUUCAGGAUGGUUACUUGGUGUGAUAGUUAUUUUAAUUUUAGCCCUAAUAAGUUUCAUUUCUGUUACAUUUGUAAUAGAAGCAAUGGCAUCGGCUAACGCUUUAAUUAAAUGGAAACGUAUUCAGCACAAUAAACAAGAAGUUAAUGUACAAGAUUCAAAUGAAUCGUUAUCUGAGGGAAUUGAAUCAAUAAAAGAAACUACUUCCGAGGAUUGUGAGGAUACACCUCUUGUUAAUCAACUAGCGGACAAUUUAGAACAAAACGAAUUAACAUAUAGAUAUUAUGUUAUUGAUGAGAAAAUCGAAUUGGGAGAAAUGGCAUCCAUGUUCUUCAGUAAAUUUGGAAUAGUUCUAUUUUAUACAUGUUUAAUUGUUUAUCUCUAUGGUGAUUUGAGCAUUUAUGGUGCAGCUGUGGCAAAAACUUUAGCCGAUGUAGUUUGUACAUAUAUACCUGAAAAUUUCACAAUCAAUGACACAAUUCCAGAUACUGCAGCAUGCUGGAAAAAUUCAAAAUAUAACAGACAAGAUGCCUACGAAAAUUAUUUGACACUUUUUUUAGUAGUGAUGGGAUCUUUUGCAUUCUUUAACGUUCAAAAAACCAAAUAUUUACAAUAUUUAACGUCAGCAAUGCGAUGGCUUGCUUUUAUUAUAAUGAUUAUAUUUGCUAUACAAAAAAUUAUUGCCAAUGGUCCUCAAGGAAAUCCAGCAGCUGUCAAUUUAUCAGGAAUUCCAAGAUUGUUUGGAGUUUGUGUUUACUCAUUUAUGUGUCAUCAUUCACUUCCAGCUUUGGUUGCUCCAAUAAGCAAUAAGGGAACACUCAACAGGUCAUUAGCAUUUGAUUAUUUGUUAAUUGCCUUUUUCUACUUGAUAUUAGCUUUAACGGGUACUUUUGCUUUUGCCCAUUUGGACGAUUUGUAUACAUUAGAUUUUGGUCCACGAGUACCUGGCAAUAUUUCAAAUUUAUUUGUAAAAAUAAUUGAAUAUUUUUUAACUUUGUUUCCUGUUUUUACAUUAAGCACAAAUUAUCCAAUAAUUGCAAUUACCUUGAGAAAUAAUUUACAAACACUUUUAUUUAAGCAAGAUACGAGAUAUAAUUUUAUUAUUCGAAAUAUAUUAGUACCCAUUUUUGUUAUACUGCCACCAUAUUUUGUUGCAAAAUAUACUAAAGAUUUGUCAAUUCUUGUUGGAAUUACUGGCUCUUAUGCAGGUGCUGGAAUUCAAUAUAUAAUUCCAACACUUUUAGUUUAUUAUGCUAGACGUCAAACUAGUGAGAUAAUUGGACUUGGUGUUAUGAAUAAUUUUGCGAGUCCUUUUAAAAGUAUUUAUUGGCUACUUUUUGUUUUUGUAUGGUCAAUAGCUUGUAUGAUUUUAGUUUCGGUGAAUUUGAUUGAAAUUCAUUUGAAUCCAAAGUAAAAAUUUACUUUUUAAUUAAAAAAAAAAAAAAAUGAGAUUAGGUUUCAGAUUUGAAACAUCUUUGAUUUUUGAUAUUAGAUCUGUUGUACUUUUAAAACUGCCUUGUGAGAAUGAAAUUCAAAUAGACAAUACUCUGGCACAAGUCAAGAUACAUACGUGAUAAAAUAUAAAUAUUAUGUCAUUUUUACAUAAUAUUGUUUUAAAAAAUAUUUUUAAUUUGUCUUUAUUUUGAUUUAUUUUUUUUUAUUUAGAAAAAUAGUAAUAAGUGUAAACACUUAUUUCAAUAGAUUUUAAUUUCAACUUGUUAAAGUAACUAUUAAUUUUUUUCAAGUAAUCAUUUGCAUUUUUAAUGGCCUAUUUUUAAAAACUUAAUAUAAGAAGUAAAAUAAAGAUAAUAUAUAUUUUUUAAAUAUACAAAAUAAUUAUAAAUUGAAAAAAAUGGUGCCAAUUUUAAUACUGCAGGAAAUUAAUGAUAAUUAUAAUAGAUAGUUUAAAUAUUUUGCUAAAUAGAAAAAAAUGAUCUUCUAUUUAGAUAUAUUUAAAAUAUAUUCCCUUACUGAUAGAUUUUAAUUCAUGAUUUGAAAUUUGUUUUUCUUCAAUACAAAUUAUUUAUCAAGAAACGAAAUUUUAAAUUUAUCAAUUAAAAUUGGCAAUUUUAAAGUUCCUACAAUUUAAAAU